AUGACAUUUACUAACCCACAGAUUGAUUUGUUCUUCAAAAAUUUCGUAAAUGCACCAUCUAUAUCUCAAGUCACUCAGAUGCUGACUAUGAGGAUGACCCUUGAGAGAAGGAGAUCGAAGAGGCUCUUGAGGAGAAAUUCCGGGCUUUUGAGGGAGGAAACAUUACCAAGUUCUCAUAAUUCUGAUGAUGAUGCCUCCGAUUCCGAUGAUAGACUCGAAUCACCCGAUCCAUAUUCUCGGGAUCUCAGCAUCAGCAAUG